AUGCCAAAAAUACCAAGCAACUACCACAGUAAAGCAACCAGGGCAAAGGAGUGCCAACACGAUGCGACUGAGAGACAAUAUGACGAUGGAGACUACUACAACGAGUGUAGGCUGGAGAAGGAGUAUGUUAGAGCAUUGAAUGCAACCAAAAUGGACAAAAUGAUGAGCAAACCACUUGUUGGAUCACACAUGCUCCACAACGAGGGAAUUGUCAAAAUGGAACGAAGCAGAAGCAAAUUCAUCACUGCUUCCUAUUCCAAUGAAAUCAUUGUUUGGGAUCUGGUGAAGAAAGAGGCAUUGAUCAAAUUGGAAUAUUUGAAUCAAAUUAAUUCAGUUGGAAUCUACGAAAAUAAGGCAGUGGUAACACAGGAUAGAAGUAUCCUGUUCACUGAAAUGAACAAGACCAAUUCCAACGACUACCAGUCCAAUUUGUACAAUAUCAGUACAGAAGUGCUAGAAAAGCCAAGAUUUGAAUUCAGCAAAAAAGUCACCAACAAAUUCAGUAGCAAAAUUGACCAAAAACAAACCGUAAAUCACGUUGAUAUUGGAGAGAGUAAAAUGGCAGUUGGAACCACCCACAGUUCCAUCGUAUGCGACCUGAUCAAAGGAAUCAACCUCUACGAGAAACCAGGCCAAUGCAAUCAAAUCCAAUUCAACCAUAGCAUAGGAGGCAUUCUUGGAAUAGUUGGAGAUGGUGCUGUACGAAUAGAAGACACCCGAGCCAAUAGCACCGUUUAUUCUGGAAAGAUGCCUGUAAAUUGCAUCAAAUUCAAUAACAACAAAUUGAUUUGUGGUGGUGAUAAAUUGACUGUUUUUGAUAUGCGAGAAAUGGGAAGAGCUCUAAGAGAAUUCAAAACAAGUGGCCCAAUUCUAAGCGUGGAUUCAACUGGUACCAGAACAUCUUGUGGUACCGCUGAUUGCGUCAUAUUCAACUUCGUAGAUGAGAAACUUGCAGAUGUCUACUACAACCAGAGAAUGGGCCUGAUUCACGGUCUCAGAUACUCAGGUUGUGGUAACUACCUGGUGAGUGGAUCAGAUGAUGGAAGUGUACGCGUGUGGAAGGCAGAUGCAAACCAAAGGACGCUGAAAACGGGACGAGAGAGACGAAGCAGUGACGGAAACAGGGCACUUCAAGAGAAAUACGGAAGUGUGGCCGAAAUAGCACGAAUCAGAAGACACAAAUUCACCCCUAAGGAAAUCAAGAGGAAGAUGAACAGUAAAUGA